UCAAAAUUAUUCAAAAAACAAAAAAAAAAAACACAAGAAACGCAAAACAUAAUCGAGCAAAUAUAUGAUAAAAAGAGAAUUGCCGAUAGCGCUAAAAAGUAAAUGAACAUAAAGAAUACGAAUGACGCGUGAAACUGUUGCUGCCGCAACGUUACAAAUCGACGUAUAUACAACGACCGCUGACAACAGCACAUGUGCGCGUAGAGAAACCGCAGCAGCACCAGCAACAAUUGCACCUUUGGCAGCGAGUGUGAAGCGUGCAAAUCACCGUCGAGUAAAUUUGUCGAAAUUUAAUUCGACAACGGCAACAAAAACAACAAAUUGUUACAAUUCAUACGACCGCGACAGGACGCGCUCGACCACACUUUUAAAAUCAAUAACGACGAAGCGACGCGACGGCGAUUUUAUUGUAUUGCAUUAAGUUUGCAAAGGAAUUUUUGCAUUUCAUCGGUUAGCGAAUACAAAUGAAAACGUCGCUUGUGAACGCGUUCAAUUUCGGCUACUCCAGUCGCCCCGUGUACGAGGGCGAACAACGGCACGUACUUCAAUACGAGCAGCAACAGCUGCAACAGGACCAACUGCGGGCAGCAGAACAAGACGAGCCUCAGCAGCAACAAGAGCAGACACUGCAACAACAACAACAACGCAAUUAUCAAACGCCGCGUACGUAUCAACAAGAACAACAACAACAACAACAAUCACAACAGACUCGUCAACAGCAUCAACGUUAUCACGACAAACAGUCCGAACCAGAGCAGCUGGAUCGACAGCAACAAGAGAAUUCUGCCGCUGCCACGUCGACAAUUGUCUACCCCUUCGUGGCAGCGCAUAUAAAGCACUCGCCGUGCGAUUUUGAGGACGGUGAACAACAACAAAAUCAACAGCAAAAACAUCUGCACAAGCGUGCGGGUACAGUCAUCGCCGAAGCUAUAGCAGAUAGUAGCGACGACGAUAUAAACGGUCAUAAUAAUUUGGCGCAGAGUGUAAUUUAUAUUGACGAUAGCAAUUGCGAUCAGCCGCUGGAACAGCGACAACCGCUAAAAGAGACCAACGGUGAUAACUGUGUCAUCACCAGCAGCAGCAGCAGCAGCAGCAGCUACAACAACAACAACAACAACAACAACAGUAAUAAUAAUACUAGUAAACUUGCCACUAAUAACGAGAUAAGUGUAGUUACAUCGACGAAGCGGCAGCAAACGUCCACGUUACGUUAUCCCUCUUCCGCUGCGUCAAGYAAAUACCAGUAUAGUAAUCAGCAGCAGCAGCAAAGGCAGCCGGUGCAGCAGAAAAUAUUGAGCAAACGCAAGCGUGAAACAGAGUGUGAUUGCGGUUGCGUUGAUUCAUACACAUCGUCGUCCUCGUACAACGGUUCUGGCGCCGCCGUGUCCAUUUGCUUAAGCAACAGCAAUAGCGAAGCUGUCGGAGUUGGUGUUAUAAGCAGCACGACCGCAGUAGCAGCAGCAACUGCUUCAGCGCAAACGGCAAGCAGCAAUUCGGAAACGCUGGCAGCGGUGGCGACAACGACGGCAACCAACAGCCUCAAGACGGCGCACACAAAAGUCGCUACGUCUGGGGGGCACGCCAACACGCAGCCCCCCAGCAAGCGUUCGAGCAGCGGUGCCGACGGUGAUUAUCAGCUGGUGCAACAUGAGGUGCUCUAUUCGCUCUCCGCCGAGUAUGAGGUCUUGGAGUUUUUGGGACGUGGCACGUUCGGCCAAGUGGUUAAAUGCUGGAAACGUGGCACGUCGGAGAUUGUGGCUAUUAAGAUCUUAAAGAAUCAUCCUUCGUAUGCACGUCAGGGACAAAUUGAAGUAUCGAUUCUAUCGCGUCUCAGUCAAGAAAAUGCUGACGAGUUCAAUUUUGUGCGUGCUUUCGAGUGUUUCCAACACAAGAACCACACGUGUUUGGUUUUUGAAAUGCUCGAACAGAAUUUAUAUGAUUUCCUUAAACAAAAUAAGUUUUCACCGCUACCUUUGAAAUAUAUACGGCCCAUUUUAGAGCAGGUUUUAACGGCGUUGCUAAAAUUAAAGCAACUUGGUUUGAUUCAUGCAGAUUUAAAGCCGGAAAAUAUAAUGUUGGUAGAUCCAGUAAGACAACCUUAUAGGGUGAAGGUUAUAGAUUUUGGCAGUGCGUCGCAUGUCAGCAAAACGGUAUGCAACACUUACUUGCAGUCCCGUUACUAUCGUGCACCUGAAAUUAUUUUGGGUUUGCCAUUUUGUGAGGCAAUUGACAUGUGGUCGCUGGGUUGUGUGGUGGCCGAGUUGUUCCUGGGUUGGCCCUUAUAUCCGGGCUCAUCUGAAUUCGAUCAAAUAAGGUACAUAUCACAGACACAGGGUCUGCCUACAGAGCACAUGCUGAACAGCGCCUCAAAGACAUCAAAGUUUUUCUAUCGCGACGUUGAUUCGACGUAUCCGUUUUGGCGCCUGAAGACCACCGAGGAACACGAGGCAGAGACUAAUACGAAAAGCAAGGAGGCACGCAAAUAUAUAUUUAAUUGCUUAGACGAUAUUGGUCAGGUAAAUGUACCAACUGACUUGGAAGGCGGUCAAUUGUUGGCCGAGAAAACGGAUAGACGCGAGUUUAUUGAUCUGUUAAAGCGUAUGCUAACCAUUGAUCAAGAGCGUCGUCUUACGCCAGCUGAGGCGUUGAAUCACUCCUUUGUACGCCUCACACACCUAGUUGACUACGUCUAUUGUAAUAAUGUGAAAGCCUCGGUGCAGAUGAUGGAAGUAUGCCGACGUGGCGAUUUCCAUACCGUGCAACCAGCUUCUACAUUGGUUACCAAUUUUGUACCGAGCACUACGGAGAAUAUGACGUUCACCAUCAACAAUCAACUGACCAGUCAAGUGCAGCGUUUGGUGCGUGAACGUCCACUAGCCUAUGAGGGUCUUUAUCAAAUCUACGGCGGUCGCAAUGUCGGCCGUCAGUACACACAGGGACGCGCCGAUGCGUUCCAACAUCAAUUAAAUAUUUUGUGUCCAUCAUCUUAUCAAACUAUGCCCAGUCCCACCAAGCACGUGGUUGUUGGCAGCGCCACAAUGCAGCCACCAUUGCAAGUUCCUCCACAGCAGUAUGUCAAUGUGCCUGUGCCAGUGUCGAUGGUGGAACCGGCUUCCGGACAACGCAUGUUGCUUACCAAUCGUGUACAAGCCAGCGGCGUGGCUUGGCCGCAAACCGGUCGACAAAUGGCUUUAGUGCCUUCGUGGCAGCAAGCGCCAGCACAUUCGCUAAUUGUCGAUUCGGCACCAUUUUUGAAUGUUGAGGAGAUUUAUCCGAAACACCACUUGAAUAUACCCAGAAAUGAUCUCAAGAAGGAGUCGCCAGUGCAACAUUUAGUCACUAAGAGCAACUCGUAUCGUGUGCCGCGCCACGAUAAAAAGGAAAAUAAUCAGUUAUCACCGGUUAAGAAGCGUGUGAAGGAGAGUUCACCGCCACACCAGCAGCGCUACAACCGCGCCUCACAUGUUUCGCCGCAGUACCAUAGUCACCACAAUUGCAACUAUGGCAGCAACUACAACAGCAAUGCCGGCCCAGUUAUUACUUCGGCAUCGUCUGGUAACAUUGUUAGCCAAAAUAGCAACAAUGGUGGUGGUCACCAUCAUCACAGCAGCAAUUCGGCCAAUCAACAGCAUGUGAUCAGCAGCAGCAGCAGCAAUGGUGGUGGCGGUGGUGGCGGCUAUAGCAAUAGCAAUCAUCAUAUUGUCAACAAUUGCAGCGGCAACAACAGUGUUGGUGGCAACUAUCACCACCAAACACAUCACACACAGCAGCAUCAGCCGACUCAGCAAGCGGUGCAACAUUCGCACCAGCAUCAUGGCGCUAUUGUAAAGCAGCAAACAAUUACUAUACACGACACGCCAUCACCUUCGGCUGUCAUAACGAUUUCGGAUAGCGAGGAUGAGGGUAAUGAGCCACCCGCCCCGGCACCGGUCGCACCGGUAAUGAAGCAACGCGCACAUGCGCAGUCGCAAACGAACCCUGCUUUAUUGCAGCACUCGUCAUCAUCCUCGUCGUGUCGUGCUAAUGGCCACCAACAUCAGGUGCAGUCACAGCAGCAACAACAGCCGCAACAUGUACACCAUCACCACCAUCAGACACAUCAGCAGGUGCAGCCGCAGCCGCAGCCACAACAGCAGCAGCAGCAGCAAAUUCAGCCGCAGCAUCAGCAUCAUACUGCUAACAUCUAUGGUAAUACAUCAACAACCACAUCAACGUCUACUAGUAGCAUCACUAAUCAUUCAAAGGCAAAGUUAUCACAUGAGCCACAAACGCAUACGAAUUCGUAUACGCAUUCAAAUCUAACCCAUAGCGCUGAUGUCAGCAUCAAGUGUCAAAGUAGUUCGAACAGUAGCCAUAGCCAUAGCAAUAGCAAUAACAGUAAUCCAAGUAAUAACAUUAAUAGCAAUAGUCAAGGCGGUGGCGUACAUAACAAUCAUAAUAACAAUAAUAAUAAUAACAAUAGCAACCACAAUAGUAGCAAUAGCAGUAGUAACAGUAAUCAAUAUGCCACCGCCGCCCGCAGUACAGCAACAAAUGCUGUGCAGGGCGGAAGCGGAAGUGGAACUGGAUUUGGUGGUGCAGGAGCCGGAGCAGAUAUUGCAAUGGGCGCCGCCGCGGUCGCCGCAUGCUCGGCACAGCAACAUGUGCAGCAGCACGCACACUCGCACUCGCAUACGCAUCAUCAUCAUCAUAAUUCACAUCAUCAUCAUCAUCAGACGCCGACACAGCCACAGCUUAUGCAGCCACAAUAUAUUGCAAGCACUCACCAUCAUCAAUCAAUGCCACAACCACAGCCACAGCAGCAGCAAUGCGGCAGCCUCUCUCACAAUUCCGUCUCCGCAUCCUCUACCGCAACCAACACCAAUUCCAAUUCUACUUCUACUUCCACCCACCACCAUUACACUAGCAACAGUAGCAGCAGCAAUCAUCAUCAUCAUGUUGCUAGCAACAUCUCCGCCAUAUCCUCAAAUACGAACAAUUCUUCCCAUCCAUCCUCUAACGUAUCCACCACCACCAAUCCCUAUCCACCACCCAUGCUAUCCACAUCCACCACAGCCUCUUCCUCAACCACCAGCAUCGCUCAUCGUCACAGCAAACAUGUACAGUUAGUAAUCCCAUGCGUAACCGUAGGUGAUAACGACACAGAUGAGGUGCGCCGACGCGGCAGUCAUGCACACAGCGGUGGCAACAGUCCCAGGCAGCAACAGCAACAGCAUCAUCAGCACCAGCAACAACAACAACAGCAGUUGCAGUCAUCCUCUUCACACCAUCAUCAUCAACAACCACAACAGCACCAACCGCAACCACAGCACCAACAACAGCCGCAGCAGCAGCAACAAUAUCAGCAGCCUGCUCAGCAGCAGCAACAACAACAGCAACAGCCUAAUAUUAAAUACGAACCGGGGCAAUCGCAGAAAAAGCGCAUCUUGGCCAUGGCCCAGAAUGAGUGCUACAACAAUGGCGGCAACGGCGGUGUUGGCUGCAGCGGCAGUUUAGGCAAUCAAACCGCCAGUUUGCCGCAUUUGCCAACCAAACAAGAGCCGGCCGAAUUCUACGAGUAUCCGCCACAGCAUGCCACAUCGGUUGUUGUAGACAACAAGCGUUCUUCAUGGGCAGCCACAGCCACACAAGCGCCACCGGCACACCAUAAACGUGAGGUCACCUCGACGGCCUCCUCUGCCUCGGCCUAUGUACAGCAUACGGCCUCAACAGCAGCAGCUGCACCGCCAUUGGCACAUUCGAAGAGCUCAUCUUCGGCUGUCGGCGGUGCUGUGGCAGUUGGUGCAGUUUCUGGUGCCGCUGCAGGUCCGCCCUCGUGGGGUGCACCACAAGUAUACCAUCGUCAGCAGCAAACUCACGCUGCUGUACAGGUGGUUGCACCGUCGGCGCAACAGCAGCAACAACAACAACCGCAACAUCAUCAGCAUCAAGCGAAUACACCAAUCGGUGGUUCGCCUGCCGCGGCCACUGCAGUUAUGCUCCAGCCAGAUAUCUAUGCCCAGGGUGAUAUGUAUCGCCGCCCAACUGUGUUUGUGUCGCAGGCGACUCCUACAUAUGCAUACAAUCGUGCGGCAGUGGCGCCACCCCCCGCACACAACAGCUCGAGCCGUCAGGUAAUACCAUCGCAUCCACUACCCGCCCAUAUACAUUUCCCCACACAGUACAGCCAAUUUGGUCCACUAAGUCCAGCACAAGUUGCCGCCAGCAAGCAUGCGCAUUACGCACCGACGAACAUAUGGUACGGUGGAGAAUAAACUGGUUUAAAACACUCGAAUCGUUUCUAACUGAUUGUGUUGGCGGCAGCAACGACAGAUUUACGAACACCAAAUGCAAUACAAAGCACUACAAAACCAAUUACAACAAUAAUAACAGUGGUAGUUUAGGCGACUUGCCGCAGUAUUUGCAAACAAGCGCCCAACUACAACAAAAACAACAAGAUUUUAAAUUACCAGCGUGCACACGGUACGCGCUGAACGCUGAAAGUGAAGCGGCUGCAACAGAAACCAACACAACAACAACAAUUGAGGAUAAUCAAAAUUUGUCUUUUACACGCUGGUGGUUUAUGCUGAUGCAACAAACCAUCAACUACAAUUACAGCAACAUAUUGCAACGAACGAACACUGCAACGGCAACAGCAACAACAUCGCUACCAGCAGCAUUUUUAGAUGAGCUACUUGGGAAUGUAGCAAACAUAUUUUCAAGUGAAUAAAUUGCAACUAUAAAUAUUAAUGCGUCUGCUACCGCCACAGGCAGCGGUAGCUGGCGCACACAACAAAUACCAAAUUGCGUUGAUUAGAAUUGUAUUUCACCAACUGUAUAUAGCGUAUGUAGAUUUGAUGAUACAACAAAAACUUACUGAAAUAUUGCCGAUGAAAUUACUUUUCACUUACAUAAAUAUGGAGUACGCAGCGGAGUCUCUCAACUACAUAAUUAACAAAUGUAAUUAGACAGUUACUUUAACUUAUUAACACACA